UUUGACAAAUUAACCUAUAAAAGUAUGCAAUCAAAAACCAAUUCGUGUUUUUAUUUAAAAAUAAAUAAUUAAUGAUUUCAAAUGCACUUAAAAUCAACUGAAAACAUGGAACUAACUAUACAGGAGAUCUAUACAUCGGUAGCAUGUAACCGUACACCCGAAAUAGCAGACUGGAAUAAUGAAGGCAUCAUCUGUUAUGGAGCAACAAACGCUGUUGUUAUUUAUAAUACGAAUCUUAAAGGCACCACCCCAAUAAAAGUACUUAGUCACCACAAGUCCAAAGUGAACUCCGUGAAAUGGCUCCACAAACCAGAUGGCUCUUGCACAGAGCUAUUAUCAUGCUCUGCAGAUAGAACCGCAGCCAUUUGGACCAAUGUGGAUGGGGAUUGGAAAGUGACGAGUGUGUUGUCAGGGCAUACUGAUGGGGUGGGCUGCGUGAAUGGGCUGUAUACUAAAGAUGAUGAUUUGUUGGUGUUUACUGGGUCUAUUGAUUCUACUAUUAGAGUUUGGGAGAGGAAAGAUGGUACAACUAACCACAAGCAAACAAUCUCGCUCAACUCUGGCCUGUGCCUCACCUUGCAACCGCACCUACUCGGAGGCCAGCCUGUGUUGUUCUGUGCACUAGAUGACCACAAGAUACAUCUGUUCGCUGGAGAGCAGCUCCAUAGAGUGCACACUCUAGUAGGGCAUGAGGACUGGGUGCGAGGACUGGAUGUUAUGGACAUAGAUUCCAACACCAUACUGUUAGCAUCCGCCUCUCAAGACACAUACAUCCGUCUAUGGCGUAUUCAGCUUCACGUGGAACAAACUACAGUCGGCAUAAAGGUGGAACAGAAGGUGUUCCAGGCUUGUGGGAUAGAGUGGGCGGUGAAGCUUGAAGCAGUGCUGGCUGGACAUGAGGGGUGGGUGUAUGGGGUCCAAUGGCAUCCCAGCGUCACUACAGACGGCACCACUACCCCAGUCCACCGCCUCCUUUCAUCGUCCCUGGACAAAACCCUGAUCGUCUGGGCCCCGGACGAUACAGGCGCGUGGGUGGAGCGCGUCCGAGUAGGCGAGGUGGGGGGGAAUGGACUAGGAUUCUACGGUAGCCGGUUCGGACCCGGCGGUGGCUCCUUCUUGGGACACGGCUACAAUGGAUCAUUCCAUAUCUGGGAACUUAAUAAGGAGACCCGUCAAUGGGAGCCUCGUGUCGUGUGCGGGGGACAUUUUGGACGAGUUGAGGACAUAGCCUGGGCGCCAGCGAAGUACCUCAUCAGCGUCUCCGCUGACCAGACCACGAGGCUGCACGCGCCGUGGACGCGGCCCGAUGGCUUAGUGGAGUGGCAUGAACUAGCACGACCACAAGUCCACGGCUACGACCUAGCCGCUAUAGCUCCGAUAUCAUCCCGCACCAUCGCGUCGGCGGCCGAAGAGAAAGUCAUCCGCGUGUUCGACGCGCCCUCCAACUUCGCGCACAACUACCUAACCAUCGUUGGCGAGCCUCUAGGAGGGGAGGACGCUGGUGCGGAGGGUGCCUCGGUGCCGUCUCUGGGCUUGUCCAACAAGGCGGUGUUCGCGGGAGACGCGGCCGACGACGAUGGAUACUUCGUGCCUGUCAAUCUAACAGAGCCUCCUACAGAAGAAACUCUAAUGCAGAACACGCUAUGGCCGGAGCGGCACAAGCUGUACGGGCACGGGUGCGAGGUGUCCGCGCUGGCCGCCGCUCCCGACGCCACGCUGCUGGCCUCCGCCUGCAAGGCUAAUGUGGCCGAACACGCCGCCGUCACACUCUGGGAAACUCAAAACUGGCAGCAGAUCCAAACCCUGGUCUCCCACCAGCUCACCGUCACCCAACUAUCCUUCAGCCCCGACUCCCGGCACCUUCUCUCCGUCUCCCGCGACCGACGCUGGACCUUAUACAGCAGGCAACAGGGCUCAAACUCGUUUGAGCAGGUGGCCUGUACAGAUAAAACGAACGGCGUGCAUACGAGGAUCAUUUGGUGCUGCGCGUGGACGGACGAUUCUAACAUGUUUGGAACUGGCUCUAGGGAAGGCAAGGUUUGUCUAUGGACUGAAUCCGCCCCCACCAACACCUCCCUUGGCUCCUACGCUCUAGUCAGCACCCUGGAGCUCCCAAAGGAUUCCGUGACGGCCUUAGCUUUUGCACCAACAGUAAACAACCUCGCGGCGGUCGGGCUGGACUCGGGCGUCAUAAAGUUCUACACGUUCGGCAAGGAGUGGACGUUGCUGAAGGAACUAGAUCACAGUGCGGCUCAUCACUUGACCGUCCGAAGGCUGGCGUUCAAGCGAGAUGAAAACGCACUUCUACUGGCUAGCGGUGGCGCGGACCAUGUGGUCAGGGUCUAUGGACUCUCUGUAUCAUAAUAAAAAAUAUAUUUAACGAGAAUUCAAUGUUUAUAUUU